AUGCUCACUUCACAACGUCACCUUUCCACGCAACUACGAUCGUGAGAUAGUCCAUGCCCGACUGUCCGUUCGUACAUGUUCAUAUCAUCAUCAUCAUUUAAACAAACAAAAUAAUAAUAAUAGUCCGUAUUUAUUGAAUUCGUCUCCUUUUUUUUAUAUCAUUUUUAAAAUAAAAAUUGUGCUUUUGUGUAAGAAUAAAAGUGUGUAAGUGCAUCUCGUGUUUUGUCAAAGGGAAAAUUUUUUUUUCACUAAAAUCACUACCUAGUCAAACAAAAUGAGUUACGGAGGAGAUUUGUCAACUAACAAUGUGGAAAAUAACAGAACCAGCUUGCGGAAGAUUGCAAGGCACGAGGAGCCAGAAUUCAGUAACGCCAGUAUUUUAAAUAGCAUGGAAAAAUUUGUACGAACGGUGAACGAAAUGGAGGAUACAAUUCUCGUUCCAAGUCGAUUAUUGGACUUGGUUGUGGGCGAUUCCACGGACAUUGUUUGCGAAAAGGGCAAACGUGGAUCAAACAUCAAGGACACAAUGGCCAACACUGAUCUUUAUCGACUUUAUAAUAUUGUCAAUAAAAUGAAAGUGGAACUUCUUUGGUCGCAAGAGAGUCUCAAAUCGCAAGUUGAUCUUGAACGUGAUGACAAUCAACAACAAAGAGUCAAAAGUCAAUCGGAUACAAGUAGCGUACGUUUGGGUCAUGCACGUUGUCCUAGUACAACAUCAAUGCAAAGUGUACAAAGUGCAUCAUCAAUGGUUUCAAGUUCAUCGGAUUCUGAAUCGGAUGCUGGCAUUGAAAAUGAUUCGGGUCUUGAAACUGAGGAAUAUGGCGAUAGAAUGGCAACAAUAGCUGCUGAAAAUUUUAGACGUCAUUUACGUGGUCUUCAUCGUAGUAUCGCUCGUAUGACCGAAGCUGCUGAAUAUCUAACUCUUCGAUAUCAGGCGGAUGUUGGGGGACAAGUCUGAUAUCUCAAUUUAUACUAUUCAUCUCACUGUCGAUCCUUCUUUACCACAAUCUCGAUUUAUCUCGUUCUACUCUUUUUCUCAACAAAACAUUUUUCUUGGACCAUUCUAAAUCAUUAGAAUUUCGAUCUUUUUUCUCCUCGAAAAUUGAAUCUAUUUCAAAAAAGAAAAAUGUUCCCAUUUUCUAAAAUUCUGUUUACCUUUUCUCCAAAAUGAUCAAAAAAAUUUUUAAAAAUCAAAACCUACCGAAUUUAAAAAAUGUUGACAUGCAUGAAACAAAAAAAAAAAAAAAAACAAAAAAAAAUUUAACACUUUUGAUAUAAAAUGUACUGAGAAAUUUUCGUGAAAAAAUUUUCUGAGUAAAAGAAAAUAAUUUAAUGUAUAUUAUCGAGACGAAAAAAUUUAAGGAAAAAUAUGUCACGACGAUGGUUUUAAUUUAUUAAUUUGUGAAACUGGGUCGAAAAAAAAAUUCUAUUUUAUUAAUGUAAAUUUUCCUAGUCAUUUUUAUAUUGUUUUUUACUUAACGUUUUAAUUUUGUUAGUUUUCUCCUAAAAUUUUAUAGAUACAAAAUGUAAUAAAAGUUUAUCGCAAUUUUUAACGGCUCAGUUCAGCGAAAUAAAAAAGAACUUAUAAGAGAAAUAAUAAAAAAUCAUUUUUUUUGUUCGAUAUAAGGAAAUAAGUUUUCCAUUUGAGAAAAAGAUUAAUCGAAAUACAUAACUAGUGUUUUGCUCAAUGUUUAUCGACUUUAGAAAAAAAAAAACGCAUUUUUCGUAUCGCUAGACGACUGGUUCGGUAAUUAGGAUCGAUAUUGUAUAUAGAGUUAGGUUUCACGUCUAUUUAUUUUUUAUUACUCCCUAUGUUUAAACGAUUCUAUUUAUAUUAAACAAAACAAAAAGAAAAAAAAAGGGAAUCGAAAACUUGCGUUGUAUGCACGUCGCAAGUUUAAGUUUCUUCAACAAUUUUUUUUUUUUUUUUUAAUUAAAAAAAUACCUCUGAAAAAUGCAAUUCUAUUUUAAGUAAAUGUAAGAAAAAUGAAAAAAAAAUGGUAAUUUCUUUUUUAAUUGUAAAAAAAUUGGUUUGGUAUAUUGAAUUUUUCAGAAGAAUUUUUUUCAAAGAAAAAAAAAAAAAAAAAAAAAAAAAAAUUAAGAAAAAAAUGAGAAAGGCUGCAUUGAGCAAAUUAUUUACGGCAAAGAAUAUUAUUAUUGUGCUUUGCAUGGAGAGUAACUCACACCUUGUUUCACUCUGUAUAUAAUUUGUAAAUAAGAUCGCGUAAUGUAAAUCGUAUAUAGUUGUAAAUUGGCUCACGAUUGCGUGUCAAUUCGUAUAGUAAAAUUUCAGAAGUUUUUUUUUUGCGCACGCAUCACUUUGAUUUGAUUUGCUUUUGCAGUCCAUAAAGCACUUUGUACUAUUUACAUUUUUCGAUUAUAAAAAAUCACAUUGUAAGUCUCGUGCCAAAAAUUUUAAUCCCAAGUGUAAAAAAAAAUGCACGCAAACGAUCGUGUAUUUUUUUUCUCUUUUAUGGCGAUUUUUCUUUUAUUUCGUCUUCUUUUUUAUCUAUUCAAAUUCUUGUUUUCAUUAUUUUAUUCAAUUUCUUAUUUGUUUCUAUAUUAUUUCAGUUUUUUCACUUUCUUUUUCCAUUAAAAUUUUAUCCUUAUUUUUUGUUUCUUUGGAUUAAAAUUCUUUUUUUAUUUUUGUUUUUUUUCUUAGCCAUUAAAAAAAUGUAGAAUCGUAUAUAGCAUUCCGCAAAAGCAAUGACGCGAAAUUCCUAGUUUAUUUUUUUUUUUAAAAAAAAGAUGUUUUCUCACAAUUUUUUGCCUAGAAAAAUGCGAGUAACUCUUAAAAAUUAUUAUUAUUAUUAAGAAUCAAUUGUCAGUCUAUUAUAGUUUUUAGAAAGGUGAUAUUGUCUUCAUUUGUGAAAAAUGAAAAGAGAAAGAAAAAAAGAAAAUUUACCACUGUUGACUAUACAUUUGUUUAUCAUAUAUAACUUUAUCAAAAAGCCAAAAUGAUUAUAAAAUUAUGUAUUCAUCGUGGUAUAUAUGCGAUUCAAAAAAUGACAAAAUUUUUAUUUCUACUCAUUUUUCAAUUAAUUAAAAUGUUUCGUUAAUAUACUUUAAAACUUCAUUAGAAAAAUAAAUUUUUUUGUACUAUUAUGUACGACAAAAACUUUGAAAAUAAAUUUGCAAUUGCAUUUUACAAUA